AUGCGCAUCCGCAAACCCUUCGCCGGUGCUUUCGUGGGCAUUUGCCUGAUCUGCGGCCUCGCCGGCUUCGCGCCACACACCCAAUAUGACCUCCCGAACUACAAGCAGAGCGACAAGGUCUUGCACUUCGUGGCCUUCUUCCUGGUCACGCUGUCGUUCUACUGGAUUCUAGAGACGAACAGGAGGAAGGUGUUGCAGUUGACAUUCACCGUGUGUACGGUGGGAUUGGGUUUUGCGAGUGAGAUCAUUCAAGGGUUGAUACCGAAUGGUCGCGACUUUGACUAUUAUGACAUUCUAGCGAACGUGGUGGGAUCUAUCUCUGCACUGGCGGUGUGCAAUUGGUAUCAUAAGCGAAUGCUCGAGAGGAAGCGUGCGGCGCGUGGAUACGCCGCUGUUGCUGGCGAGGACGAUAGGGAUGUUGAGCUAGGAGAAGGCGUGGAAGGCCAGGAGUCAGGUGUGGUGAGACCUACAGUGGAGGAAGAGCUGGAGCAAUGGGAUGAGAAUGCGGAGGACUGGGACGAUACAGAGCCUACGGAGCACAGCCAUGAGCAAGGAAACGUCCACGAGGGAGAGGAUUUGGCCGAUGCAAAGAAGCGAAAUGAUUGACGAGCUAGGAAUGAUGUAGGCACGAUUGAGGAUGUGAGAUGACUUCAACGGUCUUAUACAUGAAGCAAAUAAAACGAUCUACUACUUUCUCAUAAUGGUUCAACGCCAUCGAUUGUGAGGAUGUUCGAAAUAUUCACACAUGGCGUCACUGCUG